CAAAACAACAUCUACGCUAUCUACGAUAUCUACGCCUGAUAACGACCUCAAACAUCCUCCGAUAUCGUCUCUUGCGUGUGUGUAACAGCAGCGCGCAAGGACUCGAGCAAUCAAAUCCGACAACACCACUUCGCCUCUUUUUUCUUUUUUUUUUUUUUUUCAUCCCCUAGCUCCAACGUGUCGAGAGAGACAGGUUCGGCGUUGGCCGACGGCCUAGACAGGCUGGAUCUGAGUCAACUGUCUGAAUCGACCCUUUCGUCGUCCGAAACCACGUCCGCCUCAUUCGAUAUGUCGUCGUCGGAGGGUGCCCCGGAGUCGUGGAUCUCGUCCUUCUGCUCACUCAUGGGCCACGAAUUCUUCGCGGAGGUGUCGGAGGAUUUCAUCGAGGAUGACUUUAACCUCACGGGUCUGCAGUCGCAGGUGCCCAUGUACAAGGAGGCGCUGGAGAUGAUUCUAGAUGUGGAGCCGGAAGAAGACGAGGACGAGGACGAAGAGGAAGAAGACGAGGACGAAGAAGAGGAUGAGAUUCUGGGCGAUGAGAAACCGCCUGGUUAUAGAGGGGGGCAGCGACGACAUGCGCGCGUCGCGAGCGAUCUAAGCGUGAUCGAGAGUUCCGCGGAGCUGCUGUAUGGCCUUAUUCAUCAACGCUACAUCACCUCGCGACCAGGUAUCCAGCAGAUGUUGGAGAAGUACGAAAUGCAGCAUUUCGGGGUGUGUCCCCGCGCAAACUGCAACGGCUGUAAAGUCCUCCCCGUCGGCCGCUCCGACACCCCCGGCCAGGAAACUGUUAAGCUCUUCUGCCCCAGCUGCCAGGACCUGUACACGCCUCCCAACAGCCGCUUCCACUCCGUCGACGGCGCGUUUUUCGGUACGACCUUUGGCUGUCUGUUCUUCAUGACCUUCCCGGAUCUGGACAUCGGGCCCCGUCUUGACGACCCUAUCACCCCCGCGCUGCAACAACGUUAUCCGGGCCUGACUGCAUCUGCAGCCUCGCGCGAAAACGACAACCAGCAGCUUGAAAUCAACGGCAUGCGGACCGCGAACUUCUCCCCGGGACUGGGACCGGGUAAGAUAUAUGAGUCGCGCAUCUAUGGGUUCCGCGUCUCGGAGCGGUCGCGGGUCGGUCCGCGCAUGAAGUGGCUGCGGAUGAAGCCGACAGACAUCAGGGAGCUGGACGAGAUGGCAUUCGUCGAGACUUUGCGGCGGCGAAAUGAACAGAUCGCGGACGAGGAGGGCGACGAAGAGGAGGAUAACGAUACAGAGAUGCAGGCAGCGCCGGCGUCGAAUACGAUCGAGGGGAGGAAGAAGGCGCCGAUACGACGGCGACGAAAGGUGUUGGGGGAGUAGAGGGAGUAAAAUGUCAUUUUUCUUGAUUCAUUCAUGUUCUGUGUUCAAUUAUCUACUGAAAUUAUUCUCUUCUUUGUCUUUUAUUUCUGUUGUUAACUCUAACUGCAUAGAGGCGUAAGUCAAUAAUCAGCAUAUAAAUAGUCUUCAUACUAGUUUCUGCCAUAAUCACUCUAAAUCUCUUUUCUAUGGAGUAAGUAUUGGUAAGACGGAAUAAACUAAAACUGAAUGCUGACGAUCCAGUCUCUCGGGGCAGUCCCUACUCCUUAUCAGCUACAGUAGUACCCUGAAGAAUAGCUAGGUCGUACAUAUCUAGCCCGAAAAGAAUACAGAGAGCGAGAGUUACACUACUACAUCAUUGCCAUGGUAUAUCUCUGGGCAUAUAUAUUUUCAAUAACCGCGCUAUGAGCUAUUUCGAAAAAGGAAAAAAGGAAGACGGGAAAGAACGCCGGAAUUGUAUGGAUGUAUGGA